AUGCCGACGCCCCCCGGCCACAAACAGCUCGAUGCCAAAGACGCUGGCGAGUCCACCAAGACUGCCGUUUCCGAGAACAUGUUCCAGCGGACGAACAAGCCGGGUGAAGCCCUCGACGACUCCUCGUCCAAUGAGGCCAACUCGCGACGAUACUCGGCCAAGCCUGCCGACAACUCCGGCUCCGACCCGGACAGUCACGAGGAAAUCGGCGUCAACAGGGUCGAGGCCUUCAACAGGCAGCUGUACCAGUCCGGAAAGAGGGGAAAGCUGCUGCUCUGGCUGCUCGCCAUCUCCAUCGGGCUGACCAUGUUUGCCUACGCCCUCGACAUGGGCAUCACCACGGGCAUCUUCAGCACCUUGGCCACGUCCAGCUUUGGCGUCCACAGCGAGCUCGGCGCCGUCAGCACCGCCAGCCAAAUCAUCCGUGCCGUCAGCAAGCCCUUCAUUGGCAAGUUGGCCGACAUCACCUCGCGGCCGACGACCUACAUCGUCAUCCUCGCCUUCUAUGCCGUCGGCUUUGCCGUCGCCGCCAGCGCCCGCGACUUUGCAGCCUACACGGUGGGCAUCUGCUUCACCUCGGUCGGCAAGUCGGGUCUCGAUCUUCUCAGCGACAUCAUCGUCGCCGACUUGACGCCUCUCGAGUGGCGAGGCUUCUUCAGCGCCUGCCUGUCCCUUCCCUUUGUCGUCACGGUGCCCGUCAACGGCUUCAUUGCCGAGGGCUUCGUCGACAACUGGCGAUGGGGCCUGGGCAUGUUCGCCAUCCUCGUUCCCGCUCUCCUCAUCCCCGCCAUCAUGACUCUUUACUCGAUGCAGCGCCGCGGCGAGAAGGCUGGCAUGGUCACCAUGGCCGACUCCAAGGAUGUUCGCACCGGCGCCGCCCGUGCCUCGCCCAAGAGCUUCCGAUAUUGGGCCAGGCUGGCCUACCAGGGCCUCAUCGACAUUGACAUUGUUGGUCUCGUCAUUCUCGGUCUGGCCUUCUCCCUGAUUCUCCUGCCCUUUACCCUGGCCAAGAAGUCUCCAGGCGGCUGGGGCGACUCCAGCAUGAUUGCCAUGUUGGUCACGGGUUUUGUCUGCCUCGUCAUCUUUGUGCUCUUCGAAGUCUUCCUGGCCCCCAAACCCAUCAUGACGAGGCGCAUUCUCCAGAAUCGCGCCUUCGUCGCCGGCGUCGUUAUUCACACCUUUAACCAGAUGGCCUCUUCCGUCCGCAACACCUACUUCUCGUCCUACAUCUUCAUCAUCAAGGAUUGGACAGUCUACCAGUGGACCAUUUUCCUGGGCAUCACCACCAUGGGCCUCUGCUUGGUCGGCCCCGUCGUGGGUCUGGUCCACCGCGUCUCUCACCGCUACAAGACCCUCAUGGUCAUUGGUGCCGCUGCCAAGAUUGUUGGCUACGGCAUCCUCGUUCAGUCCAACGGGAACAUGACUCAGGACACUGCCCGCCUUGUUUCCGCGCAGCUCAUCUUCUGCCUCGCCUCCCUCAACAUCGUCGGUGCCCGGGUUGGUGUCCAAGCCUCCGUUCCCCACGAGGAUGUCGCCACCAUUAUUUCCAUCAUCACCCUGUGGUCCACCCUGGGAUCCAGCAUCGGCAGCGCCGUAGCUUCCGUCGUGUGGACCAACCAGAUGCUUGACCAGAUGCGCGAGGAGCUUCCCGGCGUCCCUGACAAGACUAUCCUCAAGAUUUACGGGAACAUCAAGACGCUUCGCACCAAGUACGGUUUCAUGGACCCCAUUCGCCAGGGUUCCAUCCGUGCCUAUGCCAUUGUCAACGGUCACAUCACCGUUGCUUCCGUCUGCCUGGCCGGUAUCCCUCUCAUUGCCUCCUUCUUCAUGCCCAACUACUACCUCGGCAAGCAGCAGAACGCCGUAAACAACAAGGGUCUGGAUGGCCAGGUCGUUGAUGUGCCGGAUCAGCGUGGGGACAGGGGCGAGUUGACCGCUUCCAAGCCCGAGCCUGUGUCUCUGUGGCAGCGGGUGCUUGCCUUGUACCGCAGCUGA